UUGGCGCGGUCUUGAUCGAGGGGUCGGCCAUCUUGGAAUCACAUCAGUGUUUCAGCGGGUUUUACUAUACUCUGAGACAUUGCAUGAGCACUCGACUCAUUGAUUGACCUCCUAUCGCUGAUUAAGGAAAUACACUGGUUUUGCGUCCCCGUUUAACGACCGGAGUAGAUACGUUUAUCUUUAUUGCUCACGGAGUGAAGAAGCAAACUUAGGAUUGUUGAAAGAACCGUCAUGGCGACAGCUACCCCAAGCCGUGAAGCUGGCCGGACGGCGGCCUCGACACCCCUCUCCCCGACCCGGAUCUCUCGCCUACAAGAAAAACAAGAUUUGCAGCACCUGAACGAUAGGCUGGCCGUUUAUAUCGACCGCGUUCGGUCAUUGGAACUGGAGAACGACCGGUUGAUGUUCAAAGUGUCCGAGAAAGAGGAAGUGACUACUAGAGAGGUGACCGGCCUGAAGGCUCUGUAUGAGGCAGAGUUAGCUGAUGCUCGACGGGUUCUGGAUGAAACUGCUAGAGAGAGAGCCAGGCUCCAGAUAGACCUGGGCAAGGCUCAGGCGGACCUGGAAGAAGCCACACGCAGUGCUAAGAAGAAGGAUGGGGAUCUUGCUGCAGCGGUGUCCAGGGCCAGUGGUCUGGAGGGCCAGCUGCACAAGAGCGAAGCAGCUCUUUCUACAGCUCUAAGCCAGAAUGCGACUCUGACUUCUGAGCUGGCUGAUGUCAAGAGCCUGCUGGCUAAGGCAGAGGACAGCCAUGCUGUUGCCAAGCGCCAGCUGGAGGCGGAGACACUGAUGCGUGUAGACUUGGAGAACCGCUGUCAGUCACUGAGUGAAGACCUGGAGUUCAGGAAGGGCAUGUUUGAAGAGGAGGUGCGUGAGUCUCGGCGUCGAAAGGAGCACAGGGUAGUGGAGGUGGACUCUGGAGUCAGACACGACUAUGAGUUUAAACUGGCAUCGGCUUUACAGGACCUGAGAAGGCAACAUGACGAGCAAGUCUCUGUGUAUAAGGGGGAACUGGAGCAAACCUUCCAGUCCAAGCUGGAUAAUGCCAAGGUGUCCUCUGAGAUCAAUGACAAGGCAAUGGGCUCGGCCAGGGAGGAGCUGCAGGAGUCCCGUAUGAGAAUAGAGAGCCUUGGGUAUCAGCUCAGCGCCCUGCAGAAACAGGCGGUGGCCUCAGAGGAUCGCAUCAGAGAGCUGGAGGAGAUUCUGUCAGCAGAGCGAGACAAGCACCGCCGUGCCAUGGAAGGAAGGGAGCAAGAGAUGAGCGAACUGAGAGACAGGAUGAACGCUCAGCUCAGCGAAUACCAGGAGCUGUUGGACGUGAAGCUCGCUCUGGAUAUGGAGAUCAACGCAUACAGGAAGCUGCUGGAGGGAGAGGAGCACAGACUGAAGCUGUCCCCCAGCCCGUCUGCUCGAGUCACUGUUUCCAGGCUAACAGGAUCCUCCUCCUCUCGCUCCAAAAGAAAGAGGGUGGAGGCCGAGGCUAUGGAUGUGCCAGAGGGGCAGCUGCUGGUGUCUGAAGAAGCCACGGCUAGCGGAGCAGUCACCAUAUCACCCACUGAUAUGGACGGAAACGCAGUCACACUGACCAAUGAUAGCACUCAGGACCAGCCGCUGGGCAACUGGAGGUUGAAGAGACAGGUGGACGAUGGGGACGAGGUCGUCUACAAGUUCUCCCCAAAGUUCGUCCUCAAAGCUGGGCAGUCUGUGACGGUGUGGUCUGCUGAUGCUGGCGUGGCCCACAGUCCACCAUCUGACCUGCUGUGGAAGAGCCAGACCUCCUGGGGCACAGGAAAUGACAUCGUCACCACUUUGGUCAACGCUGAUGGCGAGGAGGUGGCCACGAGGAGCGUAUCCAAGACUGAGGUGGAGGUCGAGAAUGGAGAGGAAGAGGAGGAAGAGGCAGAAACGGGAAAGGUGUCCUCCAGAGAGUGUGUCAUCAUGUGAAGCCUUCCUCUUCCGUUGGCUUUCACUUCCCCAUUCUAUAUUGUUUUCGAUAUGAUCUUGUCCCUUCCCUCAUCAUUAUGUUUUUUUUACUGUUCAAGACAAUAUUAGAAUUUUUGGACUAAUGGACUCUUUUUACUGCCCUUUGUAUUUCUGGACCUGCUUUUAUGACACUGAUCAGACCCCCCCUCCCUCCUCCUCCUCUCAUGUCGGUGGUUCACUAGCCUAGAACACAUUGUGUAACUGUUGCUCAGGAAUCAACUGAAAGCACCAUAAAUAUAUGAUGAGCUCUACUGUAGUGUUAAACCGUGGGCAGGUCUUAAUUACAUUUUGGAGAACGCUUUUUUUCCUCCAUAAUCAAAGCUUUUAAGUGUUUCCCAUCUAUAAAAGAUGUUUGUGUGGUUAGAUAGAUUUCCUCUGAAUUCUUUAUUUAUGUCUUUUGUAGAGAAGCCAGGUCAAGUCAAUUUUGUAUCAUGGAGCCCAAUAUCUGAAAUCACAAAUGUUGCUCUCAUCAUAGCUGAAGUCCAAACCUUUGACACGCCUGGUCCUUACAUGAGCAUCCCUCUGCUGCAAAGACAGCCGGGACAUGUGACGGUCCGGCCGAUGGCUCGCUUUAGGUAUCUGAACAACACCAUGGAAUGAAACGCUUUAGUGCCCUCUGACAUCUGAGGAGUGGUCACCAGCUUCAGUGGCUGACGUGUAACUGUUCUUCAGUGAAUCACUGAUGUCAGUGCUCUCUCACUGACCUGUGAAACAACAAGCGCCACCUUUUCUGCUCACGCUGUCAUGUAACGAGUGGUGAAGUGUACGGAAGCACAGCCUCGGCUAACUGGGACAAGCAAAGUGAUAGGAGCCUCUCCUGUAUGAGAGGUUGUGAUAGUAGGUAGGUCCACAGCCAUGGAACUAGUUUAACUCCUGCUUGUGUGUCCAUGUGGCUCUGUUGUAAUACGAGUCUGACCCUGAUGGGACGGUACGGAGCAGCGUGACUGCUGUGAGUCUGAGGUAUUCUGUUUAGAGAAGCCUUGUGACCGGCUGAACAUUGGACUCACAAGCUGGAGAGGUGUCCUGAGUUACAUCACGCACAGUGUUGCUCUCAGCCUUGUGUGCCAUCAUGGAGAAACUCCAUAUUUUCUUGUGUCUGUAUGCCGUGCUUUACAUCGCUAGUUAUUUUUCUAUAGAGUACUCUUCUAUGUAAUCACUUUGUUACCACCAUAUACUUCAUUUCUUAUUUGAGUGUUUUGGGAUUUCUGUGAUGAUUAUGGUUGGGUGUAUAUUACCUUAAAGAUAUUUCAGGAGCCUGAACACUACUGCGGUGUUGUGUGUCCUCGGCCUCAGACGGGCUUCUUGUCCAGCUGACCAGCUCUGAAGUGUGCCAGUGUUCGACUAACUGACUCUGAAGUUAAUACUGUAAGGCUCUGACAUGUGGAAUGGUAAUUCAGUCCCUCCAGGAAUUCUCAUGAUUGUAGCACAAGAAUGAAUGUGUAUUGAGCGGAUCUCUGCAGUAUAUCACCUUGUCAUGAACUCUGGUCACACUUUUCCAAUCACUGUAAGUUCCAUUGAGAUGUCAAAUAAUGAAGCUUCAGUCUCAACAAGAACAACUUCCUUUGAUCUACAUGUUGCAUAUUCGUAUGCAUGACCAUCCUUAAACAAUAGCACAGUUUGCAGCUGAGGUCCAAUUUUUUAAACUCGAAUCAGAAAAUAAAUAAAUGUCUGUAUUCAGGAGUAUUUUUGGAAAAGCUUCUGAGGCAGUAAGCUGUCCCUGGAGGGGCUGUCCCAUGACUCUGUGACCAGCUGUGCUACACUAUAGAUGUGACUUUGUGAUGUUUCUUUUGACAACAUUUAACCAGGGGGCGGCAGCAUGCCAACUGUGAGUUUUCAUUCAUGAUUAACUGUUGAACUACUUUUUGUACACACAAUAAAAUGAAUGUUUUACAUAUACACA